CAGGAUGCAAUGAUGGCGUUACAUGUCAAGAAUAGAGAUGCUUCUUAUUAUCAAAGUGCCGAUUAUUACAGAAAUUCGGUGCCUUUAAACUAUCGGAAUAACAGACAUUAUUUCGCCCGGUUACCAGGUAGGAAAAGGGUCACAUUCAUUGCUGUCAGUAGCCGUGACACUGUGAAUGGAUGGAUGCAUGCAGCCUCAGCUACAAUGUAACCAGUGCAAUUUGCUGAUUUAAGAGGGUGUAAACAUGUUGGUAUUAUACUGUAUGUUGAACUAGCUUAGUGUACAGCUAUAAAACAUUUUUGUCGAGGUUGAGCCUUCCCAUUAAUUUGAAGAGAUUAAACCAACAGUCAUGUUGAAAUUAAAUCUGUAAUCAGAGGUAUAAUAGGUUGCUGAUCAUUUCAACCCAAAAUAUAUGUCAACAAAAAUGUGUUGAUUUGCUGUAUCCACAGCACCAUCACUGUUCCUCAUUCUCUUUCAGUGCAGGUGUGAUGUGGUGGAUUGGUGUUUCAUGUAAAAUCAGCUAAAGUAAUAAUGGUCAGACCGGUGGGUGUAGAAUUACAUGAUGGUCCCCUUGUCAGUCCCAACUCUUGAAAUCUGUCUACUCUUGUCAUGGCACAAGCUCAUUGACACACCAUGGUGUAGUGUACAGUAUUCACAUGAUGAUAAUGGUGUUGAUAAGGAUUAUUAUGAAUAACAGCUUGGGUCUGGACUUGAGUUUACCUUGUUAUCCAGCAAUAUUCUCUUAAGUGAUUAAACCUGUUAUAUAGCAUAUUUUUCAACAUCAUCUUUCAAGACCUAAUUGUAUUGAGUAGGUCUACUCAGUCCGCUGUAAUCAGAUGAAAUGGCAUUGUCCACUAAAAUAGGUUGAAAGAGCUGAGUCUGGCAGGUCACAUCCCUGGAGAUGUUAUAAAUGCUUGAUAAGCAACUUCAUUUUGUACUAUACCCUGAUUUCAUAUAGCUUUAUUGGUAAACAUUAGUAUUGACUGAUUUUAUCAUUCAGUCUUGUUUUAUGACAGCCUCCAAGCUGCCCCCUAAUCUUAGCCUAUAGUCUUCAUGUCAACUAUUGCUCACUUGAACUGGCAAUAAUGAGCCCUUUCAGACUGCUAACUCAAUAGCCUAACUGCUGUGUUGCCAUCUCUAACUAGGCUAACUAAUGGGUACGUUUAAGCUGCAAUUAAUCUGUUAUCUGCAUGACUGAGUGUUAACAAAAUACCAUAGGUCUCAGGGUCUUUCAACACAUCUCCAUGUUAAAACCAUGUCUAUCUUGAGACUUUGCAAGGCAUUGAACAUUUCGCAAAUCAAAUCUAAUUUUAUUGGUAACAUACACUUGGUUAGCAGAUGUUAAUGUGAGUGUAGCAAAAUGCUUGUCAGAAUAAGAGGACUGUAAUUCUCUAAUUAAAAUAUGAAGUUCUUAUGAGUUCCCUUCAACCUUUCUCCAUUCAAAGACUAGUCAUGCACUUGAUUCCACUGCAUGAGGCAUACACUUUUCACUCCAUAAUUGAUGUGGCAGAGGUGACAGUAUAAAAGGCAUGAAAUAACUAUAAGUAUGUGACAAAUACCUCUCACUGUGAAGGGCUAUUCAACUUUUGAAGGUUCUUGGAUAUUUUUUUCUUCUGCACAGAUACCAAAUGAUAGAAUUAGAACCCUCUCCUUUAAAACCCCCAAAUACUUUUCUUAUUAAGCUACUUCGCUCCAACUCAGAGACCCAAGGCCAUCCCUCAUGAUACAUGGCCAAUGACUACUAUGCUCAUUAAUAUCCCAGGACUUGCAUUUUACUUGCGAUCCCAGUGUUACGUCUCAGGAGGAGUGUUUUAUACCCAAGAUUCAAAAAUAUUACUUUUACUUUGACCUUGGGCUAUGACAAUGUAGGUUCCUGACUAUUUUGGGGAUUAGGCUAUAUUCUCCAAUGAGCAUGUAAUUCAGGUUUGUCUCCUUGUUAUUCUGCAUGAGGAAAGCAGAUUAGCAGUUUGGUUUCUAUUUCAUUGCAAAACCCAGAAAACAUGUAUAUAAAGUUAGCUAUUUUCUUGAAAAAAAAAUGUGACACUCAUAUUUGAGAAUUUUCAGGUGUUUGGAUUAUUAUUUAUCAGAAUAACAUUGAUGUACACAGUGGGCCUAGUAUUGCCGGGAAAAUAAUUUAGCUUGUUAUCGGAAAGUUCCAUUUCAAGCAUGCCAUUCACUUGGUGUCACUGCAUGGCUGCUGGAAUCAAAAACAUCCCACACUGUUAUUGGGUCUCCAAUCUGAGUUGAUGCAGCAGAAACAUCAGACAUGAGCACAGCCACUGACCCAUCCCCCACAUCAACCCUUAUGCAGAAAAAAUGUGGCCACACAUGAUUGCCUGAAAUGUAUCCAGUCAAGCAGGCAAUAGUCUGUUUGAAUCAGCACCAGAUCAAGAGAUGAUUGAGGAACUUAUUUUCGCAAGGAGCAGAGCCCAUGCUUGACUGCAGGGGAAGUGUAAUUUUCACAAUGACUGCUGGACUGUGAAACCCACCAUUGUUCUAUUUGUUAGUGUCAGUUUCACUAGGGAGAAAUGAACACAGUUGAUGACUGUAGUUCUUGCUUCCUCCCAAUGUUAUACAGCCAUUACAUGGCUAUAAUAAGUGUAGAAUCUAGUCUAAUACAUACUUUGCCAUCAUUGCAUUGGCCCUCAGGACCAGAGUCUAUGCUGACGCCUUCAAUGAGCCUUUUUGGCCAGCAACAGCCGUUGUUCCAGCCAAUGCCUUCUACACAUACCCUUGGACCCCCUCCACAGACCCUCAGGCCGUCUACACCAGUGGUAGUGGCCCCCGACCCCCUCCUUUUCCCCCUCUACAGCCCUCUGUCUGCCAAACCACCCGCUCACCUCCAGCUGAUGCAGGGCCCCCCCUGCCCUGUCCCCUGCCCUGUCCCACCUCCAACUGUCCAGGUGGCCCUCAGCACCAAGCCCCAGGAGGAAGAGGCUCAGAUCGGGGCCACAGACCAGGACUCUACCUUGGAUGAGCUGUGUAGUAAGCCUCUGUACUGCAAACUGUGCAACGUCACCCUCAACUCUGCCCAGCAGGCACAGGCCCACUACCAGGGUAAAAACCACAGUAAGAAGCUGAGAAAUUUUUAUGCAGGCAGCCAGCAGCUGCCUGCCAUCAGGAUUCCGGAGGUAAUAGAACCAGUUUCCCAGCAACCCCUCACGACUCCACCAAAUGAGAGUACAACUCCAAAACAGCCAGUGUCAUUUAAUGGUGCCAGCAGGGUGAUCUUAGCCACGGAGAACGACUACUGCAAGCUGUGUGACGCCUCGUUCAGCUCACCUGCCGUGGCUCAGGCGCACUACCAGGGCAAGAACCAUGCCAAGAGACUGCGGCUGGCUGAGGCCCAGCAGAGCAGUAGCAUCAUAGAGUCAACUGAGUGUGUCCAGAGGCGUCCGAAGAAAGAGGGGAGCGAGUACAAGUUGAUCAAGAACCGCAGGACCUCACAGGUGCCUCCUGCCAUGCCAGCCCCCUACUACAACCCCCGGCCCAGGCAGAGGAUCCCCAGAGACCUGGCCAUGUGUGUGACGCCCAGCGGACAGUUCUACUGCUCUAUGUGCAAUUCUGGGGCCAGCGAGGAGGCCAACUUCCGCCUUCACCUGGAGAGCAAGCAGCACAAGAGCAAGGUGUCGGAGCAGCGCUACCGCAGCGAGAUGGAGAAUCUGGGCUACACUUAGGAGAUCAGCGCCGCAGCACAGGGGAGGAGAGGGGAAUGGGGGGGGAUUCACACUGAAUUUUGCCAAUAGUAUAGAAAGAACCCGCCAGGCUGUGGGGUAUUGGGGAAGUUUAUCUCACAAUCGGUUUCCUUUCCCCAGUUUAAACCCUGUUAUUACUUGAGUUUGAGUAGCUGAACAUUGCUAUGUGUAGUAGAGGAAAGCAAAGUUCUAUUACAGGCUUCUACCAGCCCAGGUGAAUGUACUGUGAUUGCGAUGACAAUUAUUAAGCGAUAGGUAUUUUUUUCAAUUGUAAAAAUCUGACUGACUGUUCUCUUUCCUCAUGUGUGUUUACAUGGGUUUGGUAUGACUCCAAGCAUCUUGGACAUGCCAGUCAACUCAACCUCUGGUCCUGGUCCCUUAUUAUCUUGGGAUGCUAUAAAAGCCAGCUGCUGUAAGCGCUUGACUUCCCUAUGGGAGGUGUGCUUUUCGAAGAGCAGAGUAACUCAGGAGAAUAUAGAGCAGGCCAGAGCAGGACUAGAUUUAAUUGGGGGGAUUUAAGGUUACUUCCACAUGACCUCUACUCUGUUUAAUUUAGAGAAAAGGGAAUUUAGACUGUUCAAAGCCCAAUUUGUUCAGAGGAGGAACACAAAGCUUGUGUUCUUAUUCCUUCCUAUAUAUCUACCCCUUAAUCCAAUGCAUUUGUACAAGUAAUUCUAGGCAUUCAUUGUCUGGUUCUUUUUUUUUUCAAUCACAGAGAAAUGAUCGCACGUUAACAGUGUGUUCUCUCUGGCUCUCAGAUGAUGUGUUUUUUCUGUGUCAUAAAUGCUCUUGUAACCUAUUUUAAAAUGGCCUUUGUUGUAGUUCUAGUCAGACCAUGGUUAAUUUGUUUUAAUUUAACAUUGCCUUUUGAUUUCUAAGAUUUACUGCGUAUUGUUUUCUCUUCAUGAGUGUUUGUUUUUACAGACAAUUAGCCAGAGAAAAUAUCUACUGUUAUCUAAUGUAGGGGGGAGCUUCAUGUGCAACAUCACUUUAUUUGUAUACACUUGAUUAUACUUUAAUAUUUCACUGUAUAAAUUAUGUUUGUGCAAUGUACAUGUGUUCAUGAUAUUAUCAGAAUAUAAAUAUAUUUAAGUAUUCAUAUUAUGCUACUAGUGGAAGUGGAAGAACUAAGCCAGUUUGAGAGAGACAUAGAAGGGACCAUUAUAUUGGACACAAGGUAGUGUAUGGAAAGGAGUAUUGCUCUUGUUAUAGAGGAGUGGGUGGAGUUUCAUACUGAUUGAUCGAUUGAAUUUGUUAGAUGAUUAAAAGUAGCAGGCUUCUCCAGCCGGAGACAACAUUACACUAUUACAGGAUUUGCUUUAAUUAUUGUUAUUUGUUCUAUUGUUCUAAAAGUUCUAUUGAUGUGUCUCGAUCUGAUUUGUAUCAAAUGUUUACAGAGAGUGGUCUAAAGGGAAGUCGAUCACAUUUAAUGUUGGAUCCAUACACAUGUUGCCCGUUCCUUAAACCGAAUUUGUCUUGUAUUGCGAUGGCCUACUGAAACUCUCCCAGAAAUCUCAUCUCCACUUUUUUUCAAGCUGUUUUAAUACAUAUUCAGUGCCUCUCAACAUUCAUUUUGUGAUGGACUGCACACAGGGCUAUGAUUUUCUUGGGAGUUGAAACCACACAUUAAAUGGGAUACAUUGAUUAUGUUACACAUUAGGUGAUCUAUAUUGUUCAGAUUAACCACCCAGAGCAAAUAAGCUAUUUCUAUCUGGAACUAGCACAGCAGUGGAAUUAACCACUUUCUAAAUGAUAUGUAACAUACCCCUUAAAAGGGGAGUGUGUAUCUCACAGAGUAUACAGUGUGGGUCUGAGUGCAAUUCAUUAGUCCAAUGUUAGUGGUCAUCUCACUCGAUGCCCUAUUUCUGUUUAAGUAAGUGGAGUUGUGUUUGACUGCUGCUACACAUCCAUCCAUGCUAGUUUUAUGGCUGUGGCUGUGCAGUCUGUGCUCUGUCCUCUGAGGCAUUAGGCAGGAGCCAUUCCUUGCUGGGAGUAGAGUAGUGCUGCAGCAGCACAUCUGUUUGCCGCUCUAUCAGGGAGUGUGACCUGGCAUGGGAACAGGCCAUACCCCAGGGAGAUCCUCACAGGCACAACAAACACUAUCCAAUGGACCUAUCUGUGUACUCAGGCCAUUGUUGAUUUCCUACUCUCCUCUCCUCCAACAAGAUAUCAUUGUCCGCUAUGCAUCAUGGCUGGCUCUGAGUUUGGCUCUCUUCAUCUGUUGUUCAGAAAUAUAAUUUCUCAAAGACAGAUUGGUUUAUAAAUGUCGAAUGAAGUGAACGAUAUCUAGGGAUACGGGAUGAAAAUAAGGGAUAGCUGCAGUGCCUUUGUAAUGUCACACAAUCACAUUUGAUCUCAUGGCUGCCUUCGGCACAAACAUGAUUCUCAAGAACAAUCAACUCCAUUUUCAUUGGAGGCAGAAAUAUUGCCUCUGGUGCAAUAUUGCAAAUGUGGGAUCCAAAGAUCCCAAUUAAAUUGAAUUGACUUCCCUUUAGAGAAAAUAAUUCUAUAAUGUCUUGAAUGUACGUAUAUUUGAAGAAUAACAGAAUGACAACAGUUGUUUUUGAAACAAUCGGAACACCUAUUUUGGUCACGGUAUAAUAUUGACUAACUAUUUAAUUAAAAAAUGUUAUACAUGUUAUUUAUCUGGAUGUAUUGAGUUGGGAAACUGGGUUGGGGAUUGGGAGUUGCAUGGGGCGAGUGGCAGUAUGUGUGUGAGAGAGAAUGUGUGUAUGGACACAUUGUAUGACAGGGUCAGCUGACAAACUUGUGUUUCCGGUUAAUAUGGUGGUCUACAGAUUAUGCCCCCAGACAUAAAUACUGCUCUAAUACUCAGCGUUGAUCAAAAUAAAGCAUCUCUAGUGAAAUGUUCAUCUUGAUUAGUAGAUAGUAUGUAUGGCAAAAUAUGACCCUAAAAUAUCUUUGUUUUUUAUCCCCCUUUACUGCUCAGAUAAACAAUGGCAAAUGUUAUGUUUUCUGAGUGGAUGACUGAAAGGAGUUUAGGAUUAUUUUAUAGGAGACGUUGCUUUCUAAAUGUUGUGUAGUUCUAAAAUAUGAUGAAUCAGUUGUUUUGGGAUCGUAACGGUAAUCCAUUUUUUACCUAGUAACUACUUUGCUCUAUUCUGAUUGGUUUGUCAAUUGUUGGAGGGUAACAGGAAGUAAUUAUGUUAUAUGUUAUGUUAUAUGCAUGGUAGCAAGUUAGGAGAAUUUACACAGCAGUUUAGGAGAAUUAACAUAGCAGGUUAUGAGACUGAGGUUAAAGUUAGGAAAAGGGCAAGGCUUAACACAAAUGCUAUCCUAAACUUCUACGAAAAUCACUUUUGUAUUGAAGUGGUGCGAAAAGAGUGUGACCCGGCUGCUGUAACCUGCUGUAACCCUUCAUAUAUACACUCCCCUACUUAUUUAUUUGAACAAUGAUGCUAAAACGUAGAAAUUAAUGGUAAAUAAUGCAUUGCGUCAUUUUGUAGUCACCAUUAUUGUAAUUAAUAAUAUAAAAUGUUUCUGAACACUUCUACAUUAAUGUUGAUGCUACCAUGAUUACGGAUAAUCCUGAAUGAAUCGUGACUAAUGAGGAGUGCUUAAUUUACGAACUUACAAAAAUCGUUUUUCAGGGGGUAUGAUAUUUAUGCCUCUGUAACUUUCUCAUUCAUCCUUAUUUAUGAUUCAGUCAUGAUUAUCUGCAAUCAUGGUCGCAUCCACAUUAAUGUAGAAGUGUUCAGAAAUAAAAAUGUGCUGUUUUAUAGCUAAUCUCAUGCUAUUUUACACAUUCUGCCAUGAGGCUGAGAGAUAAUUUAGUUUUUUUUUAGAGUUCAGGGAUUCUUGAAAGUGGGGACAAACCAUGUAAAGGAACAACCCCCCCCCACCCCCAAAAAAUAAAAAAUAAUAAUCUAACUGGAUUUAUGUCAACUUUGUUGACACAUCAUAAAAGCAAUUAAAUGUUUACAAUUAUUGUCAAACAAGUGUUUAAAGGCUUUGAUUGUUUAAUUAUAACAUUAUAUUAUACAAGUAUUUAAUACAACUCUCCAAACUGUUUUUUGUUUUGUUUAAAAGCAUUAAUGCUCCAGGGGAAAUUUUGUUUGAAUUUUGGCAUGUUUUUUUCUAGAUUUAGAACUUAAAACUACAUUUAUAGAGCAAACAUUAGACUAUCCUUAAGGGCUAGCACAGCAAAUACUAAAAACAUAUGUUUUUAGAACAGUGAUAAAAAAAUGUAAAAAAGAAUAUUGAUCAAAAAGUAUCUAUUUUAAUUGAGUUAGCCAUCAGUGACGGAGUUGACAAGCCACUGGCAGAGUAGACAACAGAUUCUCAAAACAAGCAUUUUUUUUUUGUAAAAUAUGUAAAAUAAUUAAUUUGAAAAUCACCAAUUAAAUCAUAACCAUACCAUCAGACCUUUCACCACUCUGACGGAGUUGACGUUAUACAAAAAUCUGACUGAGUUUAUGUUUUUAGGUAGAUGACAAUAUGAAGCACAUUGCGUUGCAUUCCAUGUCUGAAAUGUGCUGUAUAAAUAAAGCUUGAUUUGAUUUGA